CCAAAACCUGUCUUCGCUCCAUUACUUUUGCAGCCCAAACCCCAUCUCUUUUUGUUCCCAUCCCAUCUCAUCCCAUCCCAUUCCAUCCGUACUUUGUGUCCUACUCUUUUUCUCUCUCUUACCCACUGCCCCAUCCUAUAGACCACAUAGACAACGCCACCAUCAUGGACGAAGUGCCUGAUGUCGAUCAUCUCUCGCAGGAUGCAGCCGUGCCUGAUGUCCUCGACGCACCCAUCCCUUCCGGCAAGCCAAAGGAGGUACAGCCGAGACUGCACCUUAUUGACGAGCAGCAAAAGUUCAGUGAAGCUCUGUCAACCUUCGUUAGCGACAAAUGGGGUCUCGGGGAUGCUGGCUUCAACUACAACCUCGCAGCCGUCUUUGGAAGUCAGAGUACCGGCAAGAGUACGCUGCUGAACAGAUUGUUCGGUACCAGCUUUGAUGUCAUGUCCGAAACGGCAAGAAUGCAGACCACAAAGGGUAUCUGGAUAAGUAAAGAUAAGGACAAGAAGGUUCUGAUCAUGGACGUCGAGGGUACCGAUGGUCGCGAGCGCGGUGAAGAUCAGGAUUUCGAGCGCAAGAGUGCACUGUUCUCGGUAGCAACAUCGGAGGUCUUGAUUGUGAACUUGUGGGAGCAUCAAGUCGGUCUUUAUAAUGGUGCCAACAUGGGUCUUCUCAAGACAGUUUUUGAGGUCAACCUGCAGCUAUUUGGAGGCAACCGAGGAAAGGAAAAGACGCUAUUGCUCUUCGUGAUCCGCGACCAUGUGGGCGCCACGCCUCUCGCCAACCUCUCCAACACCCUGAAAGCUGAUCUCGAGCGAAUCUGGCACGGACUUUCCAAGCCUGAGGGCCUCGAGGAUUGCAAGAUUACCGACUAUUUUGAUUUCAUGUUCACGACACUUGCUCACAAGUUGCUCCAGCCAGAAAAGUUUGAUGCCGAUGUCGAGCAGCUUCGCCUUCGAUUCACCAAUCCUUCUGACCCCAACUAUGUUUUCCAGCCUCAAUAUUCAAAGCGUGUGCCAAUCGACGGUCUUCAUAUUUAUGCAGGAGGCAUUUGGGACAAGAUUAUGACCAACAAAGAUCUGGAUCUCCCAACGCAACAGGAGUUGCUGGCCCAAUAUCGUUGCGAUGAGAUUGCCAACGCGGCCUUUGCUGUUUUCCAGGAGAAGAUCAAGGAGUUCAGACAGCCCAUCGAGACUGGAAACAUCGUCGACGACCUCGGACCCAAAAUGAAAGACAUUCGCGGCACAGCCAUCAAAUCAUUCGACAAGGACGCAUCUCGUUAUCAUGCAGAGGUCUACAAACGCAAGCGUGCAGAGAUGUUGAACAAGGCCAACCACAUGCUUGAGGCGUACUUUUUGGGACAGCUGAAGAAUUUACACAAGAAGGCCGUUAACAUGUUUUCCAACAACCUCCAGCAGGCUUUUCGUGGUGACGGAGCAGAGUUCUCGGUUGUGGUUGCUACAGCUAAGAAGGAGGCUCUCAAUUUCUUUUUGGAAGGCGCCAAGGCUAUCAAAUUGGACGAGACCGAAUGGUCAUAUGACGAGGAGCAGUACCAGCUAGAGCAUGGAUUACAGGAGUUCGCGGCAUCGCAGCGCGAGAAGGAGAUGAACAAGAUGCUGAUGAACUUGGAGAAGCACCUUCGCCAGGAAUUGGAUGAGCCCAUUGGAUUGGCACUCAACCACCCGGGCCCUGGAAUGUGGGGCAAGGUGAUUACGAUUUACCAGGGCACAAUUGAGAGCGCAGAGCAACUGCUUCAAAAGAAGGCGCGCACAUUUGACCUGAACGAGCAGGAACAGGCUGAGCUUACGGUGAGCCUGCGUCGUCAGGCCUGGGUGCUGUUGACAAAGAAGGUCCAAGAGGAGUCGAUGGAUGGAAUGAUGCUGCUUAAGUUGCGCAACAGAUUCGAGGAGAAGUUCCGGUACGAUGACCACGGUCUUCCUCGUGUCUGGAAGCCCGAUGAUGAUAUUGAUACUCCCUUCCGCAAGGCUCGCGAUGAGACUGUGGAACUGGUUCCCUUGUUUGCCAAGAUCAAUAAUGUAGAUCCUAUCAAGGGUGAAAAGUUUGAACUCGAGGCGACAGAAGACUUUGAUUUUGACCAGUCUCUCAAGGUGCUCUCAGAGGCGCGUCAGCAGGAGAUCACCACCAAGUUCAAGCGCGAGUCGGACGCGUUCUACUUGGAGGCCAAGCGCUCGGUAGUGGCGACGCAGGCCAAGGUGCCAUACUGGGUUGGCGUUGCAAUGGUGAUUUUGGGCUGGAACGAGUUCAUUGCGAUCAUCAAAAACCCACUGUAUCUGAUGGUUGUGGCGAUGGUCGGUAUCCCUAUGGCUGCGAUGUGGUACCUGGACAUGCUGGGACUCGUAGAGACGAUCGCAUGGAAGGUUUACGACCAGGGAUAUAGGAUGGCUAUGGACAAGUUGAGAGAAAACAUGGACAAGCCCCGCGAGAGCUCCGGCAAAUCGGAGUAUCAGAGACAGCCACAGCAGCACUCCUCACAGCUCCACAACCGGUUCCAGAACUCGAGCCGCACCGACAGCGGCAAGGACGAAGGCGACAUUGAGCUGAGCUCACUGGAUAAGAAGACUCAAUAGAAGAAAACGACCCGCCGAGGGCCCUACACAAAUGAAUAAGGAAAUGCCAUGAAUACAUAACAUUUCCAAAAAAAAAAUGUGUUCAAUGUUCAACUGAGCG